CGCUGUUGCUGAAAAUCCCGACGAGAGAAAAGGAACGCCUGCGCCACGCCCUCCUCCUCGAGACAUCUCGUCUCUAGCUAACACUCACUCAAACGCGCUUUUCUCGAGGACAUCAAAGUUCUACGCAGCAAGGAUCGCGAGGACACUUUUCAUACGACUGCGCCUCCUCUUUCCUCCAGCGUUUCCUACUUCCGGGUUGCUUCACCAUCUACUUUUCGAUUCUCUCGUCGCCAUGGUGACACGUAGCAGCUACGGGUUCUAAGGUUCCCACGGCAGUCCACGCGUGUCCAACUGUGAACACGCGCACGGAGUCGUCGCGCGCGUCCACGCGAGUCCACCUGAGUCCGGGAGGGCGUGCGAGACAGCCGACUUACAUCCGUGUGUGUGUGUGUGUGUGUCUGUGACUGGGUCUUGUUCGCAGCUCAGUCGCUACAAAGAUUAAUUUAAAACACACCAGACAGACAUUUUUUUCUCGAGCUGAGCUGAGUUGAUUAUAUCCAAAUGGAAACAAAAGGAACAUUUGGAAGCCCUUUCCACACGCCGAGGUGUCUGGCGGCGGCGGCGGCACCAGCGGGGAAAUCCAAGUUAACCCACCCGGGGAAGGCGAUUCUGGCAGGUGGCAUUGCUGGCGGCAUCGAGAUUUGCAUCACCUUCCCCACGGAGUAUGUGAAGACCCAAUUGCAGCUGGACGAGAAGGCCAACCCUCCCAAAUAUAGAGGAAUAGGUGACUGCGUAAAGCAGACGGUGCAGAGUCACGGUGUCAAAGGACUCUACAGAGGACUCAGCUCGCUGCUGUAUGGCUCCAUUCCGAAAUCCGCAGUCAGGUUUGGAGUAUUUGAGUUCCUAAGUAACCAAGCGAGGGACGAGUCGGGUCGACUGGACAGCACUCGAGGUCUGCUGUGUGGGCUCGGAGCCGGUGUGAUGGAGGCCAUGUUGGUUGUUUGCCCCAUGGAAACUAUCAAGGUUAAAUUCAUCCAUGACCAGACUUCAGCAAACCCCAAGUACAGAGGCUUCUACCAGGGGGUCAGAGAGAUCGUCAGAGCUCAAGGUUUAAGAGGGACCUACCAGGGUCUCACCGCAACGGUGCUUAAACAAGGCUCCAACCAGGCCAUUCGCUUCUAUGUGAUGACCUCGCUCAAGAACUGGUACAAAGGGGAUGAUCCCAAUAAAUCAAUCAAUCCUGUGGUGACUGGAGCCUUUGGCGCUAUCGCCGGAGCAGCAAGCGUGUUUGGAAACACUCCGCUCGAUGUCAUCAAGACAAGGAUGCAGGGCUUAGAAGCGCAUAAGUACAAGAGCACACUGGACUGUGCGGUGAAGAUUCUGCGACAUGAGGGCUUGGCAGCUUUCUAUAAGGGGACCGUUCCUCGUCUGGGUCGCGUAUGUCUGGAUGUGGCCAUCGUGUUCAUCAUCUACGAGGAGGUGGUCAAGGUUCUGAACAGAGUGUGGAAGACGGAGUGAGCCGCAAGACGGCCGCUUCCCUGCUCUUGCUACUUCGGACACACACAUCCCACUACGGUUUGCUCUUUUAUCAUAAAUGUUAAGUGCCGAGGUUCAGAAUGUUCACGUGAUUACAGAAACUCAAAAGAGCCAUGUCGGUCCUUUGUCGCCAUCCAGUGGACAGUUGGGUAUGUGCGGCUCAACAUGAAGAAUUUAUUCAACAACGUAACAAUCGUAAAACAUGGAGAUGUAUGUUGUGGAAUCAACUGUCAUUUUCAUACAUUUUAAUCAUAUUUCAUCUUAAAAAUAAUACUUGACACUUGCAGUGGUUGUCAUUAUGCGGCUGCAUGCUUUGGGCAUUCAUUCCGAUAAACUACAGUCGCAUCCAUAAACAAAGCCUUUAAUUGAAUGAUUUUACUAUUUAAAGACACGGUUUAUUUUUAUACAUUAAUUUUAUUCCCAUAAUGAUCAUGUAAUUGUAAAAUAUGGAGAUGUUUUAUCACCGUGUCAGAUGGAAAACAUGAAAAAGGUUAUUAAGAUACGGUCUAUUUAGAACAGUAUUUAUUGAUUUGAAUGUGCUGUAUCUGUAUGUUAAAAAUUUGUUAUUGCUGUAUUGUCAUUGUCUUCGCCCCCAAAAUUCCAGUCUGGAUUUAAAGGUGUAUUAAGAUGUUCAAAUAUAUAUGUAUUCUCUCUGUAUAUCCAAUUGCUGCAUUUCAAUUUGAACUGACACGCAAAUGACCUCCAAGUGCUUUUCACCUUAGUAGGCUGUUGUCUUAUGUGUCUUUGGUUUACCUUUUUCCUUUUUUAAGAAAAAAAUGAUGGUCAUGAUGAAGGUUUUUUUUCAGUGUUGUGGUUUAUGGAAAAUGUAGAGGAAAUUGUACAAAAGAAGAAAAAAGUAACAAUUUGAGUUAAACUUUACAUUCAGAUCAAAUCAGGCAUAUUUGUGACAAAUUCAGCACAAAAAAGAAACGAAAUAUCUGUGUUAGCUUUUAAGUAUAUAUUUUUUUGUACAAAAUCCUUCUAAAUUCUCCUGAGAACAGGCUCUUUCUGUGCCAUGCCUCAUUGAGAGGUUGCUUAAAAUGGUUCACUGAUGUGCCUUUUGGGUCAAUAUCGAUAUGAAGUAUCUUUGUGUGUCCUGACAGACUGAUAUUUUCUGUGACAUAACAACCAGCAUAUUGUCUUUCUUCUACAAGGCUAAAGAGUAUUUACACUUUACAUGUACCGUAAUUCUCAUCAUAUUUGGUUUGUAGCUGGGUGUUGUCAAGCUUAACAUGUCCACCCUGUCAUUGGGAAAUAUCACUUGCUGUAAAAACCUGACACAGCGUCGGCUAUUUGCCCGUUUCUUAAAAAAACAUGUAGUAUUUUGUCCAAUACGAAUUUUUAAUUUCCAAUAAAAUCUACUGAAUACAAUGCAGUUAAAUGAAAACUACCUUUUUUUGGGAGGGGGUGAAAUAAGAAAGUCUCAAAGGCACCUCAUAGUGAUAUUGACUCGUUUCUGUACUGUAGCUACUAUUGCUGAUUUGAAUAGUAUUCAUGUGACAUUCCUGGUGAGCAUGUUUAAAAAAAAAAGUCUAUGUCAAGAAAUGACUGAAUAUUCUUUGUGUUGUUUUUUUUUCUCAUACGACCAAAGAAAAUGUGUGUACAGUAUUCCCUUUGUACCGCAGGUCCAUGUGUUCAUGUCUUUAUUAAGAAGCCUUUGUGCAAUAAACAUCGUCCUCCUCUUA